UCGAUAUCAGAAUUCGCCAAUGCGUUGGCUGAAUAGAAAAAAAAAACAGAGUAUACAUCCCUAUGUAAUGUGUGCCGCGCGUUUUUGAUACGUAGAAUAAACCCUUCCUUCCGUUCCAUAUGACUGUCUCCUCCGAUGAGGAGAUGUGCCAGUAAUUAGUAUAAUUAAAUCAAAAUUCAGAAGUGCACACAAGUCAGCGAUGUACCUCGCGUAACAGAUCUUAUCUAGAUAAUGUGAAGACCUACGGAUGAGCUUUGCAACAAUUGAAUCUAGUUCAUCAGGUUAACGAAGUAAUACCUUUAACGGCUCAUAGGUGGCAGCACACUCGCCAACACUUUGGCGAUAACUUAAGUAAGCCAAUUGUACCGACCGAUGUUACACGCCUCGUGUUACAGCAUGUGGCGCUAAAGUCAUCCCAUCUAGGUUUCUGUUUUUUCUAGUUUAAAUUUGAAUCACUGACAGUAUGCGUCGCGAAAUAAAAAGUGUUCAGUAAAUUCUGGAAAUUGCUGACUAUCAAUCUUAACGUUGCAGAACAUCGCAGAAACGUGGCUCCCAUAAGGUGUUGUCAUUCUUGUGCGACAUCGAACAAUCACGAAUGGUGAUGAUGAAUCUACCCGAUCAGGAGGUACCUGCCGUCACUGCAGAUUUGGCCAGAAUGAACGGUGAAGCUUUCAGCAGACUGACGGAGCCGGUUCAGAGCAUCGCCGGGACUGCCUACUGUGCGAGCUACGUGUCCCAGACAUCCAGCAACCCCGACAAAACCCAUGGAGGAAGUGAACUCUACCCGACCCAGGAGUACAGGCAGGAACCAUGGCUGCAGGAUGGCAGCAGCUGCGAGACCGAGGACAGCGAGCAGUACGUGCCGGAGUUCCAUCAUCAUCAUCAUCAUCACAUAUCAAACGGGGCUGUCAAGCAGGAGACCGCGAAUUGCAGAAGGGCUGCCGAGCCUGGUUACCACCCCCAGUAUCCAACCGCAGUGACGCAUCCUCACACGCAGAGCAGCAACUACCUCGACCUCAGCCCUGCGACCCCUGCUGCUACCUACUUUGGAGGUAGCAGAUUGAGUCCGCAAAGUAACGAUGCGACCAAAGGCAUAGCCGUCAAAGAGGAACCAGCCGAUCGUGGCUACGUGGAACCCACGUCCGUCACCAGUCUGACUACUACUUCAGCAUCUCAGGAUCACGGGAACAAUUUACUCUACCGUUCACAGCAGCAACAGUCGCAGCAAGCUCAGCAACCACCGUACGCCAAUGGAAGUGGUACGCGAGAAACAAGAUCUUCGCCAACGUCCAGUCGACCGACUAGUGCGUCUUCAGUGACGUCUCAGUGGCCUCCAGCACCCACGGCACCUACUGAGGCAUACGUUCAACGUCAGGAUACCUGGACGUCCGACGUCUAUACGAAACGUAGUACCACUCCGACCUGGACGGAGCUGGGAACACCGUCGGAUCCACGUGGAACAUCCUGGGACCGACAGAGUACCUGCUACCAGAAGAGAAGCUCACCGACCUCCUGGAAUUCUGAGUACGGAAAGAGGCCAUCUUCUACGACAGGAUCAUCCUGGACUGAUGUGGCUGUUGGUUAUCAGCAGCAACGUCGAGGAUCUCUUCAAUUGUGGCAAUUUUUAGUUGCGUUACUUGACGAUCCUGCCAAUUCUCCUUGUAUUGCCUGGACCGGACGUGGGAUGGAGUUCAAGUUGAUCGAACCGGAAGAGGUGGCCAGACGAUGGGGAGUCCAGAAGAACAGACCGGCCAUGAAUUAUGAUAAGCUCAGCCGCUCGCUGAGGUACUACUAUGAAAAGGGAAUAAUGCAGAAGGUCGCAGGUGAAAGGUAUGUUUACAAAUUCGUCUGCGACCCUGAAGCUCUGUUCAAUAUGGCGUACGGUGCCGGAAGUUCCGGUAUUCCUGGUGAGAUGCAAAAUGGUACGGCACGAGGACACUCGAUUAUUGGAAAGACGUCGUCUGGAGCAGAGGCUAGUGAUCUUGGAAAGCAUACUGCCAGUGGUUACGGGGAUGCUGUUCUUGCUAUGUACUCAAAUACAGCUGCAGUAUAUGGACCACCCAGUCUCCAUCAUCUUCACCAAUACCUGGGUGGCAAUGAUGGAUUCAAGACACCCUCUAGCAGAUACCAUUCUCACUAUCCCCAUCAGUACAGCAAUAACCACCCUUCAGCGACAUACACCGAGACAUUCCUGAACUAUGGUCGGCUCUCGGCUCACGAGCUUCCGCUAGAUGUGAGAAGUCAAGAAUCAGGGAACAGAAGCAGUUAUCCACUGAAUCCUGAAAGCUCAUUAGGUAUCCGGGAAAGCUCGAGUAACAAUACCAGUAGUACCAACACGACAGCGACAACUACAAGAGUACGAGACUCGACGAGUGUCGACGCGCCGCGUGCUGAAGUAUCGACAACAUCCGCAAGCUCCCAAGCGCCUCUCAUAGAUAGCAGCACCGGCUCAAAAAUUGAGCAGGCACCCUACCCUUGUCUAGGGGUCGGUAGCUGUGUCUGUUGAAGGUCAUAGGUCUAGU